AUGGGCACAGCCCCACUAGCAGCCCGCGUUUCCGACCCGAAAGGAAUGGAAAAUGAAAGAAGAAUCUGUGUGCACUAUCUAUGGAGUGGAGUGACUAUCCUUAAUCUCCUCUUCCCUAUCUCCCCCUUUUUUGCCUUCGGCUAUUACCGGCUGGCAAGGCUUGGCCCAACAUUGGAUUUGUUUGAAAACUACCAAGGUGGCAUUCAUUCAAUCAAAUCUUUUAUGCCUAUGCCAGCCCAAACUAAUUUUCUUUUUUUGGAAAGGAAGGAAUGCAGGGAAGAAGUCUUUCCUUUCCACUGGUUCUUGAAAGCUAUCAAUCCCCGCUUCUCCCUCUCGCAUCGGUUCUGCAUCAGAUGA